GGAGCAACUACUUCUUUUGCCUUCAUCAUCGUUUUUUCCGUUUCCCUCGUCGCAGUAGGUUCAGCGAAUUGUUCAAGUGAAAUUCGAUUUUGUUUCUUGUUUUUUAUUUCUAUCAUUUACAAUUCUCGUCAGCACACUCUUUAUUGCCUUUAAUUGGUGCAAUAUCGAGAAAAAAGAACAUUCAAGCCAAUCUACACCGAGAUAUAAUUAAUUUCUAACAAAAAGACUCUCAAUUGCAAGCUUACAUAAUGACGUAGUCAGAUCAAAAAGAAAAAAGGAAAAAAGUGCAGCAAUUAAAUUCAAGCUUUUCUUCUUUCUACACAGCGAGCAUUCGUAUUGGAAUUAAGUUAUCGCAUGGAAAAUCGAUAAAACCAAUUUUAAUUCAUUUCAUCGCCUCUGUAUUCAGUCCAUCGAGACCAACAGCAACCAGAGACUUGUUUUUGAAACAUAGAAGAUUUAAUAAAUUUAUUUUUAUUUUUGUUCUCGUGAAAUUACGUGAUCUCCGCGAACAAACAAAAAGAAAUUUAAAAAAAAGAAGAAAAGAUUGUUGAGUUGAAUUUCAAUCUUUUUUCUUUCUACACAGUGCGUGCGUGUGUGUUUGGGUGUGCGGAAUUGAUGAAGAGAGAGCCCGUCAAGCAGGAGCUCUGCUGUUGAACCUGAAGCUGACGAUCGACCGUUCGAAACGUUUUUUUGGGUGGUGACUUGUUUUUUUUUGUAUUGUUUAACGUCGUUACUGUGGCUGGCUCACUGACUGACUCUGAUAUUAAUUUGCACUUCUCCUACAGCCGUUGCGUCGUUGGCUAAGAAAAAUAUCGAAAGAAACGGAGGAAAAAUAACGUUGAUUUUGUUGUGUCGCGUCACGCGUUUAUACAAAAAGCAAAACAAAAAAGCGGUGGCUCUAAAUUAAAAUCGAGGAAAACAAAAAAUGGAUAAAUCUUCAGGUAACAGUGAUUCGCGUGAUAUGACCCUAGGGUGUGGCCCAUCAUCAACAUCAACCACUUCGCUCUCCACAGCUCUAUCGUCAACGUCGUCGACGUCCUCUUCAAAAACAGCAACUUCAUCGCCUUCGUCAUCGUCAUCGUCGUCAUCAGCAUCAUCAUCCACAUCAAAUCCAGCAGCAACAGCAAUGGCAAAAUCGGGAACAACAUCGCUGUCAUUACCGCCUCCGCCUCCUCCGCCGCCCAUAACGUUGAAUAUAACAACGACAACUGGUGGGAGUUUUACCGUUGUCGUCGAAGUAUCCAACUCUGUGGAGAAUCUAAAAAAAAUCAUUGCAAAGAAACUAAAAGUUGCCAAGGAUCGCAUCUGUUUGCUGCAUCGCGAAAAAGAACUACAGGAUGGAUCACUUAAAGACAAUGGAUUAAUGGAUGGCUCCAAGAUCAUCCUAAUACCAAAUGUUGAAACCGGAUUGCUGGCACAACGUCCGGAAAAUACAGUAAUGCAAGCACUCGAAUCACUCAAUGAUUCACAAGUUAAUGAUUUUCUAAGUGGCAAAACGCCUCUGAACCUAAGUAUGCGCCUCGGCGAUCACAUGAUGUUAAUACAAUUACAAUUGAGCACGGUUAACCCAGCAAGUCCCUCAUCUAGCGGCAGUAGCCGCUCAAGAUCCAGUCAACGAAGUAGUCGUUCUUCAUCUAACCAGACACAAAAUUCAUUAAACACCAAUAGUAGCAAUAGCAACAGCGUAAGCAGUCACACCCACCAUCAUCAACACCAGCAUCAGCAUCACCAUUCGUCUGUGGCUAGAAAAUUAAAUGUUGAUGCUGCUCCAGGACCACUUACUACUGCAAACGGAACUAAUAUAACUGCAGAUAGUUCAGUAGUUGCUACUACAGCACCAACUUCAGUCGAACCCACAACAACACCAACAACAAAUGCAACUCGAAUUUCAACAACGUCAUCGAGUAUGCAUCACCAGGGCAGCCCUUCAACCUCAACACAAAUUCGAACCCCUGGUGGGAGAGACCUGAGUUCAUUUCUAACAAAAAGAGAUUUUGAGAGUCUACAAAAUAUUGUUAAAAGUAUAUCGAUGGGUCACCAUCCUGCGCACGCUUCAACUUCGUCGUCUGCUAAUGGUUCGUCUACUUCGAUGGAAGUGGUGAAAGGUGUAAGCGUCGUCGGAGAAACCAAACCAGCUAAAUGUUGUGUUUCUACCCCAGCGACAUCAACUUCCUACGCACUUAUGGAACAAUCCCCAAUAAAAUCUCUGUCUAAUUUGGUUUCGAGUCCCAUAAAAACAACCUCAAUUAAGAACAUUCCUAUAAGUAGCCAUCCUAAGUACACUUCUGAGUUGCUAAAUGGGUCCACAUCUUCGUCGGCGUCCAGUAAAACAGUUACCAGCAACGCAGAUCCGAUAUCAGCAAAGCUAACAUCUUGCUUGUGCACUCGUUUGAACACCAGCAGCAAGAAUUGCGAAGUCAACCCUUGUCAGUCACGCAGCAGCGAAACUCCGUCAGCUGAUUUCUCCACCGACCGCACCUUGGCCACCAGUACACCAAACCAUAAAUCGAAUACUAACACCGGCAAUCAGUCGUCGUUAUCGCCGUCAAGUUCUCAAUCGGUCCUUUCGACGGCAUUACUGCACAAAACAGCGAAUAAUCCUAUUGGCCGCAAACAUCGGCAUCAUCAUCACCACCAUCACCACCACCAUCAUCAUCAUUACCACCAACACAAUAGUAGUAGCAGUAGUAGCGGAAGCGCAAAUCUGCGCAAGAGCUUGACAGCUGAAGAUAAUAGCAUCUCUUUAUCAGCAGAUAAAGUCAAUUCGGUUGUGGAAUCUAAUGAUAGUGCAUUGUCUCUUUCUACAAACUCUUCGACUCUAUCAAAUUCGCAUGAUACCAGUAAUGCUAGCGAUACAUCAACAACUGCUCCGCCACCGUCUGUGGAAUUGGAUGAUUCUGGUAUCACAGUUACCGAUACUCGCACACUUGCUGAAGCAUCUAGAAAUCUAACACAAACACUUCGUAAACUGUCCAAGGAAGUUUUUACAAAUAAAAUUGAUCUAACUAGUGAAGAAAUAGCUCGGAAAAGCAGCUCAGGGGCAGUUAUUGAAUCAAUGAAAAACCACGGCAAGGGUAUUUAUUCGGGAACAUUUUCGGGCACUUUGAAUCCUGCACUACAAGACAGAUACGGACGUCCAAAGCGGGACAUAUCUACUGUCAUUCAUAUUUUAAAUGACCUGCUUAGUGCAACGCCGCAAUAUAGUAGAGGAGCUAGAAUAAGCUUUGAAGCACCAUCGACAUCUUCGAAAAGCAAGCAGUCUUCAUCAAGCAAACCACAAACUACAGCGACAUCCUCCGAAUCGUCCUGUGCAAAAUGUUCUGGCAGCAAUACCUGUGUUUAUGGAGAGUGCUCCGGUCACUACUCCUUAAAGUCUCGUUCAACUACUAGCUCCUGCUCCAACACCGAAAAGGGUUCAACCAUGUGCGAAUGCACUGAUCUCUCCCCGCCAACCAGCAGUGGAACUCGAUGUACCGGACACGAUUGUUCGGAAGGUGACGAACGUAAUAUGUGCAAGUGUCGCUCGCUUAACCAAGGCGGACGCCCACGUGGCCAAAUGUGCAUAAAGUGUGCAACAGAAAUGGUUAACAACAAGACUAAAUACAAGUUGGAUCAGUUACGCCUAGUCAUGCAGCAGCGCAAGCAGAAGCGAGAGGCUCGAAAGCUCAAAGGAGCACCAUAUGGAGCUCGUGUAGUAACAACUGGUCCCGCAGCACCAGGCACCUCAUCCAACACAGCAAGCACAAUAGCUCCGCUUGCAUCACCCAGUGAAGUACCGCCAGCCCAUAUAGUUGAGGAGGUCGACACGGCCGCUUGAUCCUAGACAAGCGAAUCAAUUAAAGUAGUUUAAGACAAAUUAUUUCAGUUUUUGUACAAAUCUGGGGAAAAACGGAAACAAAAGAGGGAACGGAAAAGGGUUAUCCAAAAAAAUGGAAAAAUUACUUUGACGUGAAAAAAAAACAAUUAAUAUAAGUAACUAAUAAUAAUUAUUGUUGAUUUCCAUUUACACGCGUGUACACACAAAUAUAUGUUAAUGGUUUAAUUUUCCUAUUUUUUUGUAGCAAAAAUAACAAUUUACAUAUAAAAUACCUAUAAUAUGAAAAUGAUAAUAUUUCCAGAGCCUAGUUGUGAACUUUUUGUCUAUCCUUGCAUUUAAAACAUAAAUAUCCAUUUUUUUUCUUUUUAUUAUUAAUAUUAAAAUUUUAAUUAGUUGUUGUAUCAAUUUUGGACUAUAAAAGCGUUUAUUCGUCAUGUCUAUUGUUUGUUUAAGUGCACUUUUAUUUUAUAUGUCUGUGUUCAAAAUAUAAGUUGUUUAAAAAUAUAUAUUUUAUUGAUAAAAAAAAUAAAUAUUUUCCUUGUUUUAUAAUUUAUAAUUAUUAAUCUAUUGUUUUAUUUCUUGAGUUUUAUAAUGAAAAUAAAAAAAAUAUACAUACAUACAUUUUCUUUGACCUCAGAAUAAAAUUGAGUUGAAAUUAUUUUACCUACUAGUUGUUUAAUAUUUUUUAAUUAAUUUUUUUUUUAUAUAUAUUUGAAUAUUAUUCUCUGAAUUUUUGUUAAUGAGAUUUAAAUAUAGUUUGAGAGUAAAACAACAACCACCAGCAACAUCAACACCACCACAUUCUUAUUUAGGUUAUACAUAUAAACAUUUAUUAUACAUAUAAUUAAUUACAAGUUCUACUUUUAUUUUUCUUUAAUUUGUUAUUCAAUAACAGAAUUAUACAUACAUAAAUAAAUAUACAGACAUUUAUUGUUUAAAAUUUGUAGUUUAAUAAAUAUUUUUGACUAAUGAAAGUCUUGAAUUUGGUUUAAAAAAAUAAAAAAAAAAACAAUAAAACAUUAUUGAACUAUACAAUAAAUAUAAUAUUGUAUUUAAUUUUGUAAUUUUAUUUGAUACAUAUAUAGAUACAUAAAUAUUUUUUCUUGUUUAAUUAAUGAUUGUAAAAGAAAGAACAAUUUAAAUCAAUACAAUUUAUGUUCGUUUUUAGCUAAUAAUUUUUUUUAGUUUUAGUUGGUAUACGAAAAUAUACACGAAGCAAUUCAAUUUAAACCUAAUAUAUGUACCUUUGUUUUUAUUUAUUUGUUUAUUAUUUUUUUAUUUUGUUUGAUUUUUCUUUUUUGUUUAGUUUUGAUAUUAAGCAAACAAAGAUUUGGGUUUGUUCAAAGAGCAUAGCUUUUUAGAUGGACAUUUUUACAAUUGGUUUUUUGUUUGACAAAUGUGUUAAUUAUUUAGUUGGCAACUGCUGAAUAAACUGGUCAAAUGUUGGACUUUUAUUUUACGUUGCUUUUAAAUCAAUCACUGGGCUUAUAUGUCCAAACAAUUUUGACUGAGGAUUAUCAAUGCGAUAUGGGUCAAUUCAAUGAAAAUAUGUCAAGAGACUGCAUAAUUGUAAAAACAAUUACUACUUAGCUUAACUUAUUUUAUUAGCAUAGUUCAAAUUUUAUUGUAGAAAUAUUAAUAUUUUAUGGCAAAUUUCUAAACGCUCUGUUCAAUUAUCUUAAAUUCAGACCUAUCACGAAUUCCAUCGUAAUGGGAAACUUUUUCAGGAUUCGUAAAUGGAGUCUUUCGACUUACGUUUAUUUAAUUUGCGUGAUACUAUUUAUUAAAAUACUUUUCUUUUUUCGAAAUAAAAUUUCUUUGAUUUACAUUCCAAGGAGAAUCUAAUUAUUAGAAUUUACUUCAUAUUAGUUUCUAAGAAUGUCAGAGCAAACAAUUUUGUCUUGGGUAAAGCAGGACCCAUAUUUUAUAAAACCAAACGAAAAGGAUCGUUAAUUUUCUAACAAGCAAAGAAAUAAUUAUGAUAACAUGAGAUUCUGUAACGUGUACAAUCGAAUUUGUUAAUGUUUCGGAUUGAAACAAAAAGUUUCUUGGUUUUUUCCUCACAAAAAGUAGCCACGAAAAAAAUAUUUGCAAUUGCAAGUUCAACAAAAUCGGAUUAUAAAUCAAUUUUAAAAUUUAUUUUAUACAGUCCAAUUUUUAUUGGCGGGUUCAGUGAAACCAUUUGUCCAGUUAAUUCUGAAAUUCUUAAUUAGACUUUAACUUAAUCAUGCACUGAUAAACUGGAAUAUCGUGAGAGUUUCAAAUUAAGUUUGAGAUGUAGGGCUUAAAAAAUGUAUAGUAUCAACAAUUUAUAAAUAUAUACAUAUAUAAUUAGCCUUUAAGGUUUAAAAGCUACAUUUUAUUUAAGAAGCUUGGAUACUAGCGAAUGUGAACUGUUUCGAUAAUUAUUAAUGCUGGUUAAAGCUUGAGAGUAAAAGUUUGGAAAAGAUCAAACGGAUAUAGUAGUCGAUUUGAGAACUUAACUGCUGCCGUAGACGGUUCAAUAUUAUUAAGAAAUGACACUAAGGUUAACUGCUAACAUAAUUAAGAAACCUGUAAAUAUGUACUUUUAAACGUCCCUAUAAUUCCAAAUAUGCAAAUUCAUAGGCACACCUUUGCUUAGAAUCAAAGCCUCUAACCUUUCUACUUUCAACUAAUCAUUCUUGAAAAAUUGUUCAAAAACACGCUUAAAACCGCUCAGUGGGACAUGAGUUUAAUACCUGCACUAGCUUAGACUAAAUUUAUAUUUAACUUUUGUUUUUCUUUCCUAAAUUACUCCACUAGAAACACUUAAGCCACUGCCACUCGCAUUUUAGUCUUUCGUUCAAGUACUAUGAAAAUAUCCAAGAAUGCAUUGUUGGAUUUCAGGGAUCAGAAAACAAGACUUGUAGUUUAGUAGCUGUGAGGCUUUGUAUUUACCUAAAAAUGAAGCUCUAAAUCAAGGAAUUUAAUGGAACAAUAAAAGUGAUUUUUUUUUAGAAUUGAAUAUUAAUAUAACGUCAAGUCCUUGGUCAAGUAUUUUGUUAUGUUGAGCAUGGCAUAAUUUUACUUUAUUUAUAUAUUAUUUUUUAUCGAAAAUGUUAGCACCUAUAGACUCUGGAAGCAAUCACAUAAUAUUUAAAUUUCCUUUUGUGCCAAUAUACCUACAAAAAAAUUGUUAAUGUUUAAUAUGUUAAAAAAAAAACGCAAUUUCGGAACGUGCAAUGAAAUAUUCAAUAUUUUGUGUUUGAUUAAUUAUUUUUUUUUUGAAAUUCGUACCGCAUAAGCAACAUUUAUAAUUACGUACAUAAAUAUUUUCAAUUUAAAUACAUACAAAACAAAAUAAAAACUUUAUUAUAGAUGUAAAAUAAAAAUAGUUUAUAAGAAUUUUAAAUAUACACACAAUAAACAAAAAAGAAGUUAUAUAUAGAUACUAAAAAGCAGCAACAGUUUAAAAACACAAACAAAAACAAAAAACGACUUGUGUAGAUAUAUUUUAUUUUCUAUUUUUUAUUAUAAAACAAAAAAAAAAUAAUAUUUAAAUAAAUUAGUGAAAUAUUUAAAUAAUAAAAAAACGUAUGUACAUGUUGUACAAUACAUUUUUAGAGUAAGACAUCAAUGCAUGGUUUUAUGGUAGUUCUACUUUCGUCGAAAUUUAAGGUAAUAAAAAUGAUAAUGCCUUAAAAAAAAUUGUAUGAAGGCAUUUUUUGGAAACCAAAAGAAAAUCAAUUUUUAAAAAUUAAGAAACACAAAAACAAACAAAAUAAAUUAAUAAAAUGGUUCAAAACUAAGGAAAAAAUAACGUCUAUGGAUUGGAUAUGUUCAAGGUGUUUAUUCUUAUACAUAGCAUUUUUUGAUAUGUUUUAAAUAAGAAAAAAUAUACAUACCUCUUAUCGAAUUAAAAUAGAGAAAUAUUAAAAUAAUUAUUAUGAUGUGGUAUAAUUAUAACAAUACAUAAUGUAUAGUAGUAUACAUAUUUACUUAUGUAAGUGUAAGAAUUCUUAAUAAAUUAAUUUUCUUAUUUAUUAAAAACAAAACAAAAAACAAUUAUUACACAUGCGUUUCAAUGAUUUAAACAAA